GCUUAUUUAAAGAAUCAAGGGAUUAUCAAUUGUAUAAGAACUUUAAGCGCUUCUUUGCGCAAACACUGUUUAGAGUUUUCCGUUUCAAGUUUCUGCUCUUUGCACAACGAUCAAAACCCAUCUUCAAGAUGUAUAUGCGUAGUCAAAUCCGUCUGCUGCGUGGACAGAGUCUGGGCAGAAUCCUGAGAUUUACAGACCGCUUACCAUACACCCAGAGAUUUGGACUGCGGUACGCAUCCUGUGAGGCCAAUAAGCAGGGUGGAAAGGGCAUCAUUCUUGGACUCUACGAGAAGGAGAGUGGCAAGGGACCAAGACUGACGCCAGCUGGCGAGAAGUUCGACGAUCGAGUGCAGGGUAAAUUGUCGGAGUUGAUUUGUGAAACGAAAAUCACGGGACGAUUAGGGCGUGGCAAAGUAUUCAACAAUGUGGACAACGAUUUCCGUUCAAUAUGCGUCGUCGGUGUGGGACUCGAGGGCAUUGGCUUCAACGAGCUCGAGAUGUUGGAUGAGGGCAUGGAGAAUGUUCGUAUUGCGGCCGGCAUUGGUGCUCGAUCUCUGCAGUCGCUCAAGUGCAUCGAGGUGCAUGUGGAUCACAUGGACUAUCCGGAGCAGGCAGCUGAGGGAGCUGCCCUGGCUGUUUGGCGCUAUGAGGAGAAUUUGAAUAAGAAACUGCGUGAUGUGGUGCCCAAACUGGAACUGCAUGCCUCGCCCGAUAUGGAUUCCUGGACACGCGGUCUGUUCAAAGCGGAAGCCCAGAACCUGGCUAGACGUUUGGCCGAUGCACCUGCCAAUUGUAUGACGCCAACGAUCUUCGCCCAGGCCGCGGUGGAUGCACUGUGUCCUUGCGGCAUCACUGUUGAGGUGCGCACCAUGGAAUGGAUAGAGCAGCAGCGUCUCAACUCCUUCCUCAUGAUCGCCAAGGGAUCUUGUGAGCCACCUGUGCUCCUGGAGAUCGCUUACUGUGGCACUUCGCCGGAGGACAAACCAAUCCUAUUGGUGGGUCAAGGCAUCACCUUCAACUCCGGCGGCAUCAAUCUGCGUCCCUGCAGUGGCAUGGAUGAGUUCCGUGGGGAUUUAAGUGGAGCAGCUGUUAUCCUGGCAGCCAUGCGAGCUGCAGCCGCAUUGUCGCUGCCCAUUAACAUUACAGCCAUCCUGCCGCUCUGCGAGAAUCUUCCCUCGGGCAUGUCCUGCAAGCCGGGUGAUGUGGUGACUCUUCUCAAUGCCAAAUCGAUGGCUGUGCGGAAUGUCAGUCGAACUGGUGUCGUGGUCAUUGCCGAUCCCAUGCUGUACGGUCAGUUGACGUAUAAACCCAGACUUGUGGUCGAUGUCGGCUCAAUGUGCAUUGGAAUCCGGAAAGCCGUUGGCGGCGGGGCCACCGGCAUAUGGUCCAACUCGCAUUAUAUCUGGAAACAGUUCCAAAGAGCCGGAUCGCUCACUGGCGAUCGUUUGUGGCGCUUCCCUCUCUGGAGAUUCUACAAGGAUCGUGUAGCCGAGAAUCUUAGCUAUGAUCUGGCCAACGAUGGAGAUGGACAUGCUUCAUCGUGCCUGGCGGCAGCUGUACUCCAUGAAUUGGUCCCAUGCAGUGACUGGGCGCAUCUGGACACCUGUGGCACAGGAUUAAUUAGUAAAUUUGGUCUUGUUCCUUAUCUGGCAGCCGGACGGAUGACUGGACGACCCACACGCACUCUGGUCCAAUUUCUAUACCAAAUGGCCUGUCCCGAACCCAAGUAGGGACUUGUUUACUUGGUUUUCGACUAUUAGUUUUUUGCAUUUAUUUUUGGAUUCAAUCAAAUAUUACACACACACACACACACUCACUAACACUGAAACAGAGUACACAACUGUACACACGGUAUACACAAUGUAGAAUUGUUUCGCUUUUCCAAACGUGCAUACUCAUAGCUCAAAUACGACCAGAAACCAGAAGUGAGAAGUGAAGUAAGAACAGAGAAAAAGAGUUCACGACCUACAGAUGUUACGGUAUUACUUGAGAGUAUCUGUAUCUUCUGGUUUACAAGAUCAAAUUUUUCGAACAAACGUGUAAACCAAAUUUAGUUGUAAGCGCAUAAGAUUUUAAUCUGUAAAUGUAUUGUUUUCAAAUCAUGUCAAAUUGUUCAAAAUACAAGGAAUAAUGAAGCAUUAA